CUAAGCAGUGAAUUCUUUGGCAGAUAAACAAAGUAGCUAAAACUUAUCAAGAACGGGAAUAAUAAGGGCUCACAAGAAACUAAGAUCAGAGGGACAGAGCUCCGAGAAGGCUCAGAGGUAACUUCUCCUCUAAGUGAACAACCAGGAGGAGGCUGCAGCAGGUAAACCGGCGCGGGAUGUUGACACACUGCAUUCGGCAGAGCACGACGGACUCCUCCCCCGUGGUUGAAAUUCUGUAUAAAUGCAGCAUCAGCCUGUCAACAGCAGUGUCUGGAAAGCUUACUGGUACCCAAACAUGAAGGGACUGAGUUUGGUUCUCCUUGUGCUUCUCCUGAUGCUCGCAGUCGGGGAGGGCAAUGAUCCAGAAACGCAGUACUGGACAUGUGGCUAUAGAGGACUCUGCAGACGGUUCUGCUAUGCACAGGAGUACAUCGUUGGUCAUCACGGCUGCCCUCGGAGAUACAGGUGCUGUGCUAUGCGGUCUUAGCACCUGUCAUCUCUUGGCACCUGCAAGAUGUCCACGCAUGAGGGCUGACAUCUUAAUUUCAGGUACCUGGGAUCCUGGUAACUGACAGCAUUCUUCUGGAUAAACCACUUGACAACUUUACUCUCAGUCAGUCCCUCUUGGACCCCUAACAUGCUGUGGGAUCUGACAAUGAGUGCUUUUGAAAUGGACUUUAUAUAGUUAGAUCUAACUCAUUUACAGCUGUUAGGUGUGUCCCUGCAGUUAUGUCCUUAUUAUUAAAUAAAUGAUGCUCAAAUUGUUGCCUGAAACAAUGAUGUGACUGAUCCUGUACCUGACAUUUAAUGAUGUAUCAUAAUCAAGCCUUUGUGAACAGUUGGUCAUUCUCUCUGAAAUGCAGUGUUGCCAAUAA